CAGCCCACGCAGGCUUCUGCGGCAGCCGGAGGAGCUGCCCGAGUUGGCGGACGGCUCGUGCCCGCACACGGAGGAGCUCGAAAGUUCGGACGAGCGCAGCUGGGAAAGCUGCAGGCACCUGGGCGGGGAGGCGGUGCUCCUAGGAGCAUCCUCAGGGAGUGGGGACAGACCCGAGCUGCUGGGGAGAGCCAGGCCUGUAGGGCCCCAGGGGCCUGAAGGAGAAGGGCGCUUGGGGGUGCAGGAAGCAAAUUGGCUGCCGGGGGUGCAAGAGGGCCAGGUAGUGAGGGCUGUUCAGGAAACAUAUCUGAACGGUAAAGGGUCCCCUGGGGGAGAGAGAUUCCAAGAGGGACACAGGACCCGCAGGCGCAGACGGCGAAGACGGUGGUAAUCUGCAAACUGCCUUGCUGGCAUCAGGGUUGCUCUAGUGCCAAAAGUAAUGCGGGAAAAUGUAGGGGUUUGGGGAACAGAAGAACGCUGUGAACCUGACCUUUGGAAGCCAUUGCUGGAGGGUAGGCUCUGGCCUGCAAGAUCCUCUCUGCUACCUCAAGUCUGAGCAUCCUCGAAGCUGUAUCUGCCUGGGGACAGCUGAAAACUCAGAGGCUGGGGAGCAGCAGCAUGCAGCCGGAGGAGGGGACAGGCUGGCUGCUGGAGCUGCUGUCCGAGGUGCAGCUACAACAGUAUUUCCUGAGGCUUCGGGAUGACCUCAACAUUACCCGCCUGUCUCAUUUUGAAUACGUCAAAAAUGAAGACCUGGAAAAGAUUGGCAUGGGCCGGCCUGGCCAGAGGCGGCUGUGGGAGGCUGUGAAGAGGAGGAAGGCCAUGUGCAAACGCAAGUCAUGGAUGAGCAAGGUGUUCAGUGGAAAGCGGCUGGAGGCUGAGUUCCCUUCCCAUCACUCUCAGAGUACCUUCCGGAAGCCCUCCCCCACCCCAGGGGGCCUGGCAGGGGAGGGGACCCUGCAGAGCCUCACCUGCCUCAUUGGGGAGAAAGACCUGCGCCUGCUGGAGAAGCUGGGAGAUGGCUCCUUUGGUGUGGUGCGGAGGGGUGAAUGGGAUGCACCUGCAGGGAAGACGGUGAGUGUGGCCGUGAAGUGCCUGAAACCUGAUGUGCUGAGCCAGCCAGAGGCCAUGGACGACUUCAUCCGGGAGGUCAAUGCCAUGCAUUCGCUAGACCACCGAAACCUCAUUCGCUUGUAUGGUGUGGUGCUCACACCACCUAUGAAGAUGGUGACAGAGCUGGCACCUCUGGGAUCUCUGUUGGACCGACUACGUAAACACCAAGGUCAUUUCCUCUUGGGGACGCUGAGUCGCUACGCUGUGCAGGUGGCUGAGGGCAUGGGGUACCUGGAGUCCAAGCGCUUCAUUCACCGUGACCUGGCUGCUCGAAACCUGCUUUUGGCUACCCGUGACCUGGUCAAGAUUGGGGACUUCGGACUGAUGCGAGCUCUGCCCCAGAAUGAUGACCACUAUGUCAUGCAAGAACACCGCAAGGUGCCCUUUGCCUGGUGUGCCCCUGAGAGCCUGAAGACACGGACUUUCUCCCAUGCCAGUGACACCUGGAUGUUUGGGGUCACAUUGUGGGAGAUGUUCACAUAUGGCCAGGAGCCCUGGAUUGGCCUCAACGGCAGCCAGAUCCUACAUAAGAUUGACAAGGAGGGAGAGCGCCUGCCCCGGCCUGAGGACUGCCCCCAGGACAUCUACAAUGUCAUGGUCCAGUGCUGGGCCCAUAAGCCAGAGGACAGACCCACAUUUGUGGCCCUUCGGGACUUCCUGCUGGAGGCUCAGCCUACUGACAUGCGAGCCCUUCAGGACUUUGAGGAGCCAGACAAGCUGCACAUCCAGAUGAAUGAUGUCAUCACUGUCAUCGAGGGAAGGGCUGAGAACUACUGGUGGCGUGGUCAGAACACACGGACGCUGUGUGUAGGGCCCUUCCCUCGAAAUGUGGUGACCUCUGUGGCUGGCCUGUCAGCCCAGGACAUCAGCCAGCCUCUCCAGAAUAGCUUCAUUCACACAGGGCAUGGCGACAGUGACCCCCGCCACUGCUGGGGGUUCCCUGACAGGAUUGAUGAACUGUACCUGGGAAACCCCAUGGACCCUCCUGACCUGCUAAGUGUGGAGCUGAGCACCUCCCGACCCACCCAGCAUCUUGGGCGGGUGAAAAGGGAGCCUCCACCUCGCCCACCUCAGCCUGCCAUCUUCACUCAGAAGCCAACAUACGACCCUGUGAGUGAGGACCCAGACCCCCUGUCCAGCGACUUCAAGAGGCUUGGCCUGAGGAAGCCAGCCCUGCCCCGAGGGCUGUGGCUGGCAAAGCCCUCAGCCCGAGUGCCAGGCACCAAGGCAGGCCGCAGCAGUGGGGGUGAGGUCACACUCAUCGACUUCGGGGAGGAGCCUGUGGUCCCAACCCCACGGCCCUGUGCACCCUCCUUGGCACAGUUGGCCAUGGAUGCCUGCUCCUUGCUGGACAAGACACCACCACAGAGCCCCACACGGGCGCUGCCACGGCCUUUGCAUCCCACACCUGUGGUAGACUGGGACGCUCGCCCGCUGCCCCCGCCCCCUGCCUAUGAUGAUGUGGCCCAGGAUGAGGAUGACUUUGAGGUCUGCUCUAUCAACAGCAGGCUAGUGGGUGCAGGCCUCCCUACUGGGGCCAGCCAAGGCGAGACCAAUUAUGCCUUUGUACCUGAGCAGGCACAGCUGUCCCCUACCCUGGAGGAUAACCUAUUCCUUCCACCCCAGGGUGGCGGCAAGCCACCCAGCUCAGCCCAGACUGCAGAGAUCUUCCAGGCACUGCAGCAGGAGUGUAUGCGGCAGCUACAGGUCCCCACUGGCCAGCUGACCCCCUCCCCUACCCCAGGAGGUGAUGACAAGCCCCAGGUUCCACCCCGGGUACCUAUCCCCCCUCGGCCCACACGUCCACGUGUGGAGCUAUCUCCAGCUCCCUCAGGUGAGGAGGAGACAAGCCGGUGGCCUGGACCUGCCUCCCCUCCCAGAGUGCCUCCCCGGGAACCCCUGUCUCCUCAAGGUUCAAGGACCCCAAGUCCCCUAGUGCCACCUGGCAGCUCUCCACUACCACACCGGCUCUCUAGCUCACCUGGAAAGACCAUGCCCACCACCCAGAGCUUUGCCUCAGACCCUAAGUAUGCCACUCCACAAGUGAUCCAGGCUCCUGGCCCACGGGCUGGCCCCUGCAUCCUGCCCAUUGUCCGUGAUGGCAGGAAGGUCAGCAGUACCCACUACUACCUGCUGCCUGAGCGCCCUCCCUACCUAGAGCGCUAUCAGCGCUUCCUGCAGGAGGCCCAGAGCCCAGAAGAGCCAUCUGCCCUGCCUGUGCCCCCGCUGCUGCCCCCGCCCAGUACUCCA